AUGCCCGGCGCCCACGGGGGAGAAGGGCGGGUGUCAGAGGAUGAAGUGGCCCCUAGUAUGCGUGGGGCCGAGGUGGCCCUUCCAGGAACCCUCUGGGGCCCGCUCUUUCGGACCCAGGUCUCCAACUUCGCCCUCGCUACUGGGGCGGGAGAGGAAGAACACUUUUCUAGGAUAACUAGGCAGCUGACCUUGGGUUUAUUAUUAAGACGUUGUUGGAAAGGUAUUCCUGUAACAGCCAAAACUUCUUCAUUGCUGGCAGGAAAACUACUAAAUGACUUUAACAGUUCAACUCAGGUUGUGUUUAUAUGGAUAUAUGAUCCUGAACAAGCAUCCCCUGAUGAAUUGCAAAGGACUGCAAAUGAACCUUCACCGUAUUCCAAAGAACUUGUCAAGGAAUUGGCCUCUUAUGGACAGAAACCUACCAUUCACACAGUUAAGAAAAGAAGAACUUAUACACCAGAUGAAGGCAUAAAUAAUGGGAUGUGGUCAGUCACUUUACCAAUGACAUCUAAUGAUGAGCUGAAAGAAAUUAAAGGACGCCCAAUGGAUUUUUAUGAUUGUUUAGUUGCCGAUAGUAUUUUCUUUUUGACUUUUCCUUUCUUGAAAAUACCUGAGACUUCUGGUUUUCUGCCAAUUUCUUCACCUCCUGGUAGUCAGUUAAUGGCAGACUGGGAGGCCUGUGCAUCUUCAUAUAUUGUGGUGGUAUCUGAUAAGGAGACUUUUCAGUCAAAUGAUUCCUUUCAGACAUGGACCAGAAUCAGAGUGCCUCCAGGUAGUCUGACUGAUGAAGAAAGAAGCAGCGUGUCUAAUGUGAGUUUCUCUCACGAAGGAAUAUUUUUUCUAAUAAGAGGUAUUCUUUACAUAAGAAGUAUGCAUGACUUUACAAGACUGGGAAAAAACGCAAAUCUUCCUGAUGAAAUCAUUGGCAUCACAACAAGAAAAUGGUGCUGGGACAAAUAUUUACUCAAGGUUAAAGACCAAAUAAGUUACAUAGCAGUUUGGACAAAAGAUGCACUUUAUCUUGGAUAUGAACACCUUCAAUUUAACAAAAUAAUAGAAACAGAUAAUCUGAGGCAACUUCUACAUGAUCCAAAUGCUACUCUAAAUAUACACAAUGUUGAGUAUACAGAACAUCCGUUGGAGCUUGCCUUGUUAGUAGAGUCCUGCACCCAGUGUAACAUCACCGGAACAGUCCACUUUAUAAUAAUUAAUGAAGACACAGAAGAGUUUCUGAUCAAAGAAUUUAAGUUAUUAAGAAAUCCUCACACUUUUUUUAGUAUGCAUUUUGCCCUUUCAGGAACACCAGAUUUCAUACUCAGUGACAAAACUAAAAUAUUCUAUUGUUAUCAAAACUUUGCCGAUAAAGGGCUUUUACAGAUACCUAUCAAGAGUGGCCAUAUUCAUCAAGUUUUCAUAGAUUAUUUGGGAAACUUCAUUGUAAAAUUGGAAAACAAUGUCAUGUUUUUUUUCAAGAAUAAUAAUAAACGGAUACUAAAGCUACAUUCCUGGACCAAUAGCACAACAAAAUACAUAAUUGCAAUGUGCCCAACUGGUCAAAUAUUUUUCAUACAUGUUUCGGAAAUUGGCAAUGUAUAUACUGAAACUUAUCCUUUGCAACUGGAGGUAGAUAGCGUAGCUUUCAAAAUAAAAGAUACGUGCCCCUACAUUGAAUUUCAGAAUGACAUUCUUGGGAACACCUAUAUUUUAGAUAAGGGACAGAAUCUGUCCUUUUUGAUUGAACUAACAUAUCCAGAAGAUGUUGGCAUGGAUAUUCUUAUGGAAUCUUAUGGACCAGACAUUUUAGAAAUAAGAGAAAAGAAUAGCUAUGAAUUUUCCUUCGGACAAAACUAUAAAUCUAAGGAAAUUGAAUUUUAUCUGAGUGAAAAUUUUGAGGGUGUAAGUGAUUAUUUCAAAUUACAAUAUAAUAAAACAGGUAUUGUUCUUUUUAACUUUAAGCCUAGUGACACUGCAAGUACAUGUAUCAAUCCCCAAAAGAGAGUAAAAUAUGACUGGAAAAUAUAUGGCUGCCCAUUAAAAGUUCAUAUCAAAGAAAAGUUUCAGCCUUUGGUUCAAUUAUACAAUGAAGAAGGCUAUGUUGAAGAUAUUGAUGUAAAUUUCAUAGUGUGGGAAAUACAUGGCAGGAAGGACUAUAGCUUCAAUACCACUAUGGCUGAAAGUGGUUGUUUGAGGGAAGCCCAGACAUGGAAGUCAAUGACUGAUUUUAACAAGAGCCUUCCAUUAGAAGAUGUGUGGGGACCAGAGAAUUAUAGGCACUGUUUUUCUCUUUCUGAAAAACGAGAAGACUUAAAUCAACCAUAUGAGAUUAUCAACAAGACUAACAAAAACCAUUUAGUGUGGCCAAUGGACCACACUGGAAUGUAUGUGUUUCGUGUGAAGAUACUGGAUCCAAACUAUAGGUGA